GCUACACGCGUUAGAGUUUUUGUAGCCACGCGUUAGGAAGACAUUUUUGGCGUGUAGCCGGCAUCCCCGCUUUUUCUGCAAAUUUGUUUGGAAAAUUGGAAAAUAUUAACUAAAAAUGUCGAAAGCACAUCCCCCAGAGCUGAAAAAGUACAUGGACAAACGUAUGAUGCUGAAGCUCAACGGCGGACGCGCUGUGACCGGCAUCCUGCGCGGCUUCGACCCGUUUAUGAACGUGGUGCUGGACGACACCAUCGAAGAGUGCAAGGACAAGACAAAGAACAACGUGGGAAUGGUGGUCAUCCGCGGCAACAGCAUUGUCCUGGUCGAGGCCCUAGACCGGGUAUAGUGCCCGCUAAAGUGCGGGCCCUACCAACCGUCGCCGUCAUGGCUAUCACCGUAGCUAUUAUGUGUAGUCUUAAGGCUCCAACAACCACAUCCACUGUAUACCUUCAGAAAAGCCACAAAAAUCGUAAAUAAAUUAAUAUAAAUAACGAAACUAUAAAUACUGCACGUGAACGAGUUGGUUAUCAUAUUUUAGAGUAAGAAUAUGGAUUGUGAAAUGUGUUCCAGCACGUUUUUCGCGCCAAAUUCGCAUUUCAUAUGAAUGAUUGGCGGCGAAAAGCCUUACCACAAGGAGACCUA